AUGUGUGAGCGCAAUCUUCUCAGUUCUGGCUAUGUUGGUUCUUUGCUGAAUUUUCCAUCACCGGACUCUUUUUACUUUCACAAUUUGCGGGGCAAUGGAACUCAGCUUCCAGGACUUCCCACAAUUUCGUAUGGAAGGAGAGAGGUGUGCUCGCUCCCGUGGACUUCCCCAAGUUCGUGCGCAUCUCCGCCACAGAGCCGCGCUUUCAGUGGCUGCUCUCAGCCAUUUCUGACCAAUUCAGUGCCGCAAAGUGCCAACCCCAACAACCACAACAAGGGACCACUGGAGGAAUCCAGUAAAUACUACUUUCAGGAUGCAAACCCCAGAUCAGAGGAUCCAGGUAGACCAGCGCCAUCUUUCACCGGCGAGCUUGGAAUAGUCAGUUCUGCUAGCACUACCAAAUACGAAUUUUCACGCUUGGAAAGACAGUCGCAAAGCGCUGCUCGUGUUGAACUCAAUUCCAAUAGCCAAGCGGUUGCCGAAGGCACCAAGCAGUCGGUCAGUUCAAAUGUCACAAUGCCACCAUCUUCAAGUAACCCCUGUACCAGAGCAACUCAGUCUGAUGUUGUACCGUGGUGCCCCUCGCCUGUGAAAUCCAGGAAGAAACGAAAACCAUACACAAAGCCGCAGCUGGCGGAGCUCGAAAACGAAUUUCUGACGAACGAGUUCAUAAACAGACAAAAAAGAAAGGAGCUCUCGGACAGGCUGGACCUGAGCGAUCAACAAGUGAAAAUUUGGUUUCAGAACCGAAGGAUGAAGAAGAAGAGGCUGAUGAUGCGCGAGCAUGCUUUCGGAAUGUAUUGA